AUGGCUGCAGAAGUUUUGUCUGCGAUUGGUUUAGAUAUAUCUUCUCCAAAAGGUGGUCUCAUUGGUAUCCGAGAAGAACAUGGCUCUGAUGCACACUUCAUUAUUAGCUGCUUAUUAUCAAAAUAUGUUCAGGCCGAGUACAAUGUUUGCUUUGUUACCUUGCAUAAUACGUUUCAUCAUUACCAUAAUGUUGGAAUGAAAUUAGGUUAUAACUUGAAUGCUCUUAAAGAAAAAGGGGCAAUCAAAACAAUUGAGGCAAUGAAAUUAGUAUUAAAAGACUCUAGCUAUGAGAAUUUAAAAAAAGUUUUAUUAAAAGAAAUCGAAGAUAAUGUAGAAGAAAUGCUUAAAUCUGAUAAACAUGUAUUGCUAAUAAUAGAUGAUUUAAGCCAUUUGUUUGAAAUGGAAUUUACACUUUCAGAAAUUUUAAUGUUGAUUAAACAAGUUAAGAGUUUAAUCUACAGUAAUCCUGGUAAUUAUGCCAUUUUAAAUGUACAUGUUUCAUCAGAGUAUGACUUAGUCGUAGCUAAUUUAGUUCAACAUUCAUCAAAUACUCAUGUUUGUAUAAGUCCAUUGAAAACUGGAUUCAGCAGUAAUGUUUCAGGAAAAAUGGAAAUAUCUGAAAUGAAUGCUCAGACCAAAGAAAAUUUGUGGAAUAAACAAAGUCUUUAUCAUUACAAACUACAUGAUAGAUUUGUAAAAGUAUUUGCUCCUGGACUUGUAUCAUAA